GCAGUACUGCGAGUAUAUUUCGGAAUACACCCUUGAUUAUGACUCUCAUCCGAGCGUUUUGAUUGGUACAGAGUAUAUAUUCACUGCGGAAUAGCUGCCCAAAUCCAAUCAGAUCAUCUAUUCAACACUUCGAUAAAGGAUGGCGGCGAAAAUGGGAGUAACCGACCGGACUCUGUUCAACUCAACCAGUUAAAAAUGCUAUUAGACUAUUCGUACAGCCGUCGAAGUUUCGCAGAUAACAAACCUCUCCCCCCCGUGUCGAAAUUGUGUAUACAGACUGAUUCGCAUCCCCGCGGUUCAUGAAAAGCGGUGUUUAAUAUUGUUCUAAGAGAACGUGUUUACUAUGCGCAGUAAAAUGAUACUGGCGAGGAUCCGAUGAGGUACUCAACCUCAAAAAUUGCCGGCAAGUGUUCGCAGCAGCGUUAGGCGUGUCACAGUUAUUGGAGCCGUUUACAAUUGGUUACAUCUGUGUGUGUACACGAUAUAUAUACAUAUAUUUUUUAUAUUGUAACUUCUGCUCGUUUCAUCCAAAGUGUGCCAAACAGAAGUCUUGAGACAAUUACCAGACUCAGUAUCAAUGAGCGUUGAAUAAAUAAGUAUUACAAGACUCGGUAGGUGGUCGCGAUGAAAAUCAACGGAAUGUAUUUUGUCGCCCGUGUCACCAUCAUCACCACGACCCGCAUCAGCUGAUCGUGUCAAAUUGACAUGUAGAUUUAGUUUGUCAAAUUAUGUCUAAUCCUUGUGCGCUACGAGCAUUUACCUCCUCAAUGUUUUCGUGAAGCGAGUGAAAAGAACGAGUAGAGAAAACGGUAUAGAGAAUAAGGAGAUAUUCGUGAGAUCGUCGGUCGUCGAGAUCGUCGUGAGAUAUUAAAAAAUUAGAAAGCUAUCAAGUUAUGGGCAAUAAGAAUAGUUGCUGUGUUUACGCAAGCCCUCAAACAGGGCGAAAGGAAUUAGGGCGUGAGUGCGGAGGCAGAGGGCUAGAGGAACAUCUUCCAGAGGGUGAAAUCAGUGCGAAUAACUUGCAACAUAUAAGCGAGCGUGAACCAGAAGACUGGGACUCGGACCCAUCGCUACAUCCAUGUGCAGGCACAAUUUUUAUGGAGCGAUCUAAACAGGCAAUUGAAAAUGGAAUGGUUAGGAAAAAAAGUCAGCACCAAAUUGCUGACACAAGGACGUUGAAGAAAAGCAGCAGUUGUAGUACCAUCUAUCUUGACGAUAGUACCGUGUCGCAACCCAAUCUUAAAAAUACCGUUAAAUGUGUCGCGUUAGCUAUAUAUUAUCACAUUAAGAAUCGAACGUCGCAACGUCAGAUCGACAUAUUCGAUGAAAAACUUCACCCACUUACGAGAGAUGGUGUUUCUGAAGACUAUCACAGACAUAAUCCAGAGCAUAAGCAAAUAUACAAGUUCAUUAGAACAUUGUUUAAUGCCGCUCAGCUCACAGCUGAAUGUGCUAUUAUAACACUAGUUUAUCUAGAACGGCUUCUCACUUAUGCCGAAGUUGACAUAACUCCUGCUAAUUGGAAGCGAAUCGCACUUGGUGCCAUACUUUUAUCUUCCAAGGUGUGGGAUGAUCAGGCAGUGUGGAACGUUGACUAUUGUCAAAUACUUAAAGAUAUCACUGUGGAAGACAUGAACGAAUUGGAAAGGCAGUUUCUGGAAAUGCUACAAUUUAAUAUAAAUGUCCCUUCAAGCGUGUACGCAAAAUACUACUUCGACCUCCGCACGCUUGCAGAGGCUAAUGAACUAACAUUCCCUAGUGAACCGCUUAGCAAAGAGAAGGCACAAAAGCUUGAGGCAAUGUCCAGGGUAUACGAAGACAAAGUAACGGCAGAAGUAUUACGUAAGGGUAUUAAAAAAUGGUCCAGUUUGGACAAUGUGUGUAUAGGUGGACCGAGACGUAGCAUUGCUAUCCUUUCUUAAAACCAUUAUGGCAUAUAAUGAUGCUUCUACACUUACACUUUGGAUGAAUUAAGUGCGUAUGUGGAAAAAUGCUCAAACUGUCUCUCCUUCUCUCUCUCGACGUUUGCGGCGGUUAAAUCUGCUUUGAACGAGUAACAAUUUCACCCCAGUUACCUGAACCACCACCCAAAUGCACUAAAUUGGUUGUAUAAUUUAUUCCCUAUAGGCAUAUUCGGUUAAGUUGCAUUUGAAAUAUCGACUGAAACUCGUUAAUCAUUUUUCAGCGGCUCUAGAUUCCGUUCUGAAGUGAAUGUGUAGAAUCUCCAUUUAUACAGCUUUUCAAUCUUCCAUCCAUUGCAAACUAUGUUGCAAUUUUUCUUUUACUUCAUGCUUCAUCCUGCCACCAAUAUGAUAUGUAAGAGCUUAUGCUCCUAGAAAUAAAACAACAUUGUGAUAUUCAACUGUCAUAAUAAGAUUUAAAAAAAAAAAAGGAAAAAAAUAUGUAACCCUAAGCAUUUAUAUUAUAUUAUCAUUAGGAGAACUUAUACUUGUUUUGUCGCAGAUUUUAAUCUAAAAGAAAAAUGUAAAUCUUAUCGUAUGCUUUGAACAAGCAAAGGUAGGUGACCAAUAGAAUAGUGUUAUAAAUUCAACAAGAACCUAAUAUAAUCAUCUGCACAGUUUUGGUGCUCUUCAAGGUAUAUUUUAUAAUUUGUGAUAUUAAAUUUGGAUAAUCUUCAAUGAGCCAAAGUAGCGGGAACCAUUUUUGACAAGCAAACUUAUAAACUUUUUGACGAAAACUCACAUCAACGUCAGAUUCUCCCCAAAACUUAACACUGUUUUCUUUGUUAAUUUCCCAUAUUUCUACACAUUAAUCUAAUAAAUUUACCCCCAUCAUGUGAUGAUCCUGUAAACUGCCAUUUUAUACAUGUAAUUUUUGUUCGUUUUCAAUCAAAUUGAAUCAUCAAUCAGUGAAUGUAAUUAAAUUCGUUAUACAUAUUAUACAUUUGUCCCUUUGUAGGAUACACCAUCAUUUUAAUGGUCCACUGUACGCAUCAUUCACAUUGGAUAUAUUACAACAUUUUUUGAAUUGGGAUCACAUCAUGUUUUUAUAGUAUUAGUCAACGACGAAUAAGAAUGAGAAACCGUUGAAGGUUUAAACCUUGCAUAACAGUUGAAAAUAAUUCCACAUAAAAACUAUUAGAUGAAAGUUAUAAUUAUAUAUGUAAAUAUAUACAUUUCUACUUUAUUGUAUUGGAAAGAAACGAUUUCAUAUUGCUUGAAGUCUAGUAAUAAAAAUUAGUAAUAAAAAAUGUACCUGCCUGUAUUUUAAUAUCACACCACAGUGUGUCAUUCAACUUCGUAUUUUAUAUUGUGAAAAAAAUGAAAAAUUUGAAUAUUCGUUUUACUGAUCUAAAAAAGAAGUAAAUAUGUGCCGAAUUAUAUGCAUAUAUAUCGACUCAUGUUGAAAAAUUACGAAUAAUAUAUACAAUUAUAUACGCAUUUCGUCUGUAUGUAAGCAUUUUAUGGCAAUCAUGUACAACACUUAUGUUUACAGAGCUGACGCCUAUAUAACUAGAGUAUGACAGAAUUUGCCCCAAGUGUUUUUUGUUUUACCUUAACUGUGAAAAUAACGAGUGCUUCGAAGAAGAAUUUGGAAUACGUGAAAAAUGAAAAAAAGGUAAUUAGCUGAGAACCAUAUUGUUUAUAAUUAAGUGUAAAGUUUUAAUAAAUUAUCCUCAGAGCUACAUAAUAGAUAUAAUAGUAAUAAUAAUUUUAUAUAUGUAUAUGAUAAAAAGCACACACGCAUUGCAAAAUCAUUAUAUUCACAAGUUUAUUUUCAUCCUCGUAUAAUAAUUCAUAAUUUAUCAUGAUGUUUAUCUUCUUCCAAUCAAAUUAAUAUACAAUAUAUUUUAUAUCAAUAUUAGAAUAGAUAAUAAGUGUUAUAUACGAUACGAUCUAAUAAAGAAAGUUUUUUAUAAUAAUAUAUUAUAUAGCAGCAGGAAUGGCUCCCCACUAUCUUACAUGAUUUUGCGUGCCCAAAUCGUCGUCGGUGUUAUUACCAUUUAUGUAAUUAUAUUAUUAUUAUUAUUACUAUUACUUAUUACAUGUAUCAUAUCACCUAUAUGAUUUAUUAUCAUUAUUAUAUAAUGUAUUUUAUUUAUAUAUAUUUAUAUAUUUAUAACGAACACCACCCAUUACUGCUAGUAUUACGAAUGGGAAUUAAAACACCGCCUGCUUUCAAGCCUUAAACAACAAUGCAGGAUGUUGCUGAAAGUUGUAGUAGAGACCCGUGCUACGCUGA